CGUUUUCUUGCUUUCUACUUUCCAUUCCUCCGCCACUUCUACAGAGAGAGAGAAAGAGAGAGAGAGAUGGGAAGCGACAGUGAAACGGAGAAAUCGCAGAAGGACAGAAAGAAGAUGCUGGCUCUCGCACCCAUAGCGAAACCACUGGCGGGGAAGAAGCUCUGCAAGAGAACUCUCAAGCUCGUCAGAAGAGCUUCUGAACACAAAUGCUUGAAAAGAGGAGUGAAGGAGGUGGUUAAAAGUAUCCGUCGCGGUAACAAAGGUUUAUGCAUUAUAGCUGGAAACAUUUCUCCUAUUGAUGUUAUUACACAUGUUCCAAUCUUAUGUGAAGAGGCUGAUAUUCCAUAUAUAUAUGUUCCCUCCAAGGAAGAUCUUGCUAUUGCUGGAUCCACCAAGAGGCCUACUUGCUGCAUUUUGGUACUAACGAAGCCCACAAAAGGAGAGCUGCCCCAGGAGGAACAGGAGAAACUGAAGGCAGAUUACGACCAAGUUGUGUCAGAUGUGAGUGAGCUUGCAUCCUCUCUCUUCUGAAAGAUUGAGCUGAUGAACCAAUUCAACCUCUUUAGUCUUUACUGAGG